ACAAUAGUAGUGAAAAAAUGUUUAUACAUUGAGGGAAAUAACCGGCUUUGUUCGGCUAGCUUAACAUGUUCACACGUGUGGAAAGGGGAAAAAAGAUAGACACUACCAUAUUUAUUGCUUUAAUAUAACGGCAUAUUUAGUUUUUAUAAGUCAUCAUUAAUUCUGUUCUAAGACGAUGACAAUCAAUAGACAACAUGCCGCUUACAUCCUUAUAUGAAAAUAUGUGAUUUUUUUUCAUUGACACGCUAUACACUUAAAAAAUCUUUGCGGAUAACAUUUAAACAACAGUUAAGCGUGAUGAAAUUGGAUAUAUAUUUUUUGUAUUUAAAACAGUUUUAAAUGUCACGGUUGUGUACUAUCACAAAAAUGUUCAUUCUGCAGCAAAAUGGUUGUAGAAAUAAAUGCGCUUUAAACUUUGUGUCAUAAAACAUUCAAGAUUUUUAGAAGAUUUAAUAGUUUUUUUGUGUAAAAUUUAAUGAACUCUUAAUAGGAUAAAGCUGAAUACAAUGUAAACAGUUUCUGUAUAAUUAAAUGAGGGAUAAAAUAACGAAAUUUCAUAUCACCGGAACAAAAAAGAUCAAGUAAUAUGCCGGAUUUCGUGAAAAACUACCCGGUAUUGGCUUCUUUCAUCUUUGUCUACAUCCUCGCACUGGUUCCCAGCAUAAAUGGCGCUGACCCAGUUUACUCACCGCAAACAGUUACUGAUGUCAGCGGAAACAGUGCAGACAAUUCAUCGGCGAUUUCCUGGGCUAGUUUGCCAACCGGCGAACCGUUUGCGGCCGGGAAUCCAGAGAGAGUUAGCGAAGGCCUCGAAGCGUACUAUGAUUUUGCUCACAAUUUCAUAAAUUCAGUAUUUAUGAAAGGAAUUCCUGACGAAAUAAUUCAGAAAGGUCUUGCAGGUGACUUUGGAACAGUUGUCGACAACUAUCAAUCCUAUGUCAAUUAUUUCCUCGGGUAUGCUAUAUGUGUGGUUAUUGGAGUGCUGUUUAUGCUCAUUUUCCCAAUUGUCGCCUGCUGUUUCUGCUGCUGUCGGCUGUGUGGAAAUUGUGGCGGGAAAAAGCAACAACUACAGAAAAGCGCUGAUAACACAUGCCGGAAGUACACAUUCGCCGGCAUUCUUUUUGUAUCAACUGUAUUUGUAUUGGUUGGGACAAUAUGUAUAUAUGUAAACAACGACAAUAUGACGACAACAUUAAACAAUAUUCCGGAAACUGCCGAAGACAAUAUUAAUGAUAUCAGAACAUUUGUAAACAACACAGUUAAUGAGGCACAGCAUAUCGUCACUAAUAACUUCAAGUUUGUAGAAACAACCUUAUUUAGAGAUCUAGAUAAUAUUGGUUACCUUGUGGGACUGCCAUUGAAGACGGAUAUUGAAGAUAAUACGAACAUCACGAGCGUACUGUCGUCUGCUUAUUCAUUAGCGGAUAGUCUAACUGCAGCAGACGAAGCGUUGUCGGCUGUUGAAGCUAAUAAAACUUCCAUGGAGACGGCUGUAACGGACCUAAAAACUGCAUUAGAUGACGUCAUUACUAAGUUAGACGAUGCAUUUGCAACUUGCGCCGGCGCCUGUCCUACGACUGGUAAACCGGAUUAUACUGGCGCUUCACCGGAUAUAGAUACUAGUGCAUUUCCAGACAUAAGUGACGCAAGAACUAGUAUGGACAGUGCAAAGGGAACCAACUUAACCGAGCAAAUUGUGAACGCCAACAAUGAAAUAGAUGACAUACCAGAUAGGGUGAGCCGUGACGCUAAUAGCACAAUUGUUGAUUUGAAAACUACAAUAUCAGACCUGAGCGAUGAUUUAAAAGAUGUUGAAACUGAAAUUACAGAUAUAAAUAAACAGAUAAGCGGUGAAAAUGCAACAAUCGAUCUGGAUAAGCUAAUUCUAGAUAUAAAAGAUUAUAAAGACCUGCUAGAACAAUAUGACAAAUACAGAUGGUAUGGUGGGGUUGGUCUGGCAUCGAUAUGUUUACUGGUUGUAGUGUUCGCCGUGCUCGGACUUGUGUUCGGUAUAUUCGGCACGGAUAUCUCCACCCCGCCGCACCGGCGAAAUUGUGUUUCCAACUGCGGUGGAAUCAUGCUAAUGGUUUCGGCAGCUUUGAUUUUCAUAUUUUCGGCGUUACUGAUGCUACUGACUACCUUCACCUUCAUGCCUGGAGCACCCAUUCAUAAAGUGUUUUGUGAACCUGUCACAGACCUAGAUGAACUCGAACGGUACCUUACAAUAUACAGUGACGAGAAGGUAGGCAAGGGGAAAUACUUUUUGGCGGAUGCUCUCCUUAACAAUGAUACAAUCCCACUUCAACUGACUGGGGCUUUAAAGGCUUGUAAGGCAGGCGAAGGUGCCUUCUCUGCGUUUAAACUGGACAACAAACUCGACUUGACAGAUAUGUUGAAUUAUUCAAAGACACUAGAUGUGCAGGCGGAAGUUGACCAAGUAAACGUAGAUCUUUCAUCCGUAGAAGUUUACUCUACAAGUCUUAAAACACAAUUGACAGAUCUUAAAGACGCGGUCAAUAUAAGCUUCUCUGAAUUCUAUACUGAGCUUGGCUCAAAUAUAACCUCCGUGAACUUGAGUAGUUUAGCGCAGGACCUAGAUGAUUAUGCCAGUGGUUUAGGUAACGCAAUAGCAAAGGCAGCUAUUCAAGCAGAAGCAAAUAAGCUUAGAUUGAUAGAGGACGAAGAAUAUGUGUACGUUGAGAGUAAUAAGACUGCUUUGAACACAUCUGUUGCUGAAAUGGAUGCCGUUGUUUCAAAUAUUCCGACCUUGGUUGAUAAUUUAGAUUCUGGUCUACAAACAGCGGACACGUAUAUCAAGAAUAAUGCCAGUACAGUUGUACGAUCGAUAUUGAACACAUUCGUAAACCGUCUUCUGUCAAUCAUUGAUUCAUACGUGGCUUAUACAGACGAUGCGGUCAAAAACAAAAUGGGAUCUUGUGAGCCGGUAUGGAAUAUCUACAACUCCCUGUUGGUGUAUACGUUCUGUUAUAACUUCAUGGAUUGCUUCAAUGGAUUUUGGUUUUCACUCGGAUGGGUUAUAUUUUUCUUUAUGGUGUCUGUGAUAUUUUCCGUGAAGCUGGCAAAGUACUUUAGAAGAAUGGACACUUCAGAUGACGGUAGCUUGUUACUGUCAGAUUCAUCGCCACCACCACCAUACUCCGCUGAUGCUGAAAAGAACGCUCAUUUAGCGUAAGUCUAUUUUAUUUUAA